GGUAAUUACAUUGAAAAGUGCACGCGGGACAUUCUACUAAAAUACCCUUUCAUAUUCUACAAAAAAAAAAAGUCCUACAGGUUUGGAAAGACAAAAAUGGUGACAGAAUGUCAUACUAUUCAAUGUUAUUAACAAAUCUAUGAUCAGACACUGGAUGUGUAGCUUAAUCAUUUCUGUUUAUUAGUAAUUAAAGUAAGAAAACCCUCUGUGUCUGUAUUUGUGUGUGUGAUCUGACAUGAAUCGGGUCAUGGGGGGUCAGAUGACUGCCGUGUUCCCAGACCUCCCUGCAUUAUAAAUCAUCUCCAGAGAAGUAUCAAAUCUCUCGUGUUACAGCCGCGCCUGCACUCAACACUGCUGUAUCACACACACAAAGACACAAGCAUUCUCCUGUUCUCUCUCCACUAUUAUUACUCAUCAUAAUCUGGCACUAAUGAGGUUGUAAAGAAUGAAGGAAAAAAAUCAAAAUACACUCACUCUCUCUCACACACACACAAACACACAUUAAAUCAAACACACUCACACUCAAACACACAGACACACACACAAACACAUGUUAAAUCAAACACACACACAGGUGUGGCUGCAGGUAUAUAAGUGCGAGUUGUCUGGCCAUCAGAGAUUUUUUCACACACUUUGCUCUGAGUGAGGAAGAAGAACAUGCUUCAUCAUUGGAACAUGGGUGUGAGGAGUAUUGUGGGGGUGCUUGUUUGUUUGUCUCUUGGUCAGUGUGCUUCAGUUCCUGAGUUUCGUGGGAUAUUACCCAAUGAGAGCCUUCCGUUGGGGCCGGUGGCAGAGCCCGAUUUGUCCUACUGUCAGUUCCUUCUGGACGCUGCAGUUCCGCCUACAGCAAAUCAGGUACCGUGGUACUGCAUCUGUUCUGCAUGCUCUGGAAAAAAAGGACCGAAAGGAGAUAAAGGAGACCGCGGACUACCAGGAAGUCCUGGUAGUCCAGGUCCAAGAGGCCUCACAGGGCUUACUGGCCGCCCAGGGUUCACGGGACGUCCCGGCAUUAAGGGUGAGAAAGGUGAAUUCGGGGACAAGGGUGAAAUAGGUCCCAUUGGACGCCCAGGGCCGAAGGGAGACCGUGGGUUUAAAGGUGACAAGGGUGACUCAGGUCAAUCCGGUGCUGUAGGUGAGCCGGGUCCAAAAGGAGAUGAUGGCCAGUGCCCAGAAACCUGUGAGCCCGUACCAGGACCGACAGGUGAGGCAGGUCUUCCUGGCCCUGCAGGUGCAAGAGGGUUACCUGGGCUUAACGGAGAGCCUGGUCCAAAAGGGCUAAAGGGUGAUCCUGGCGUGGCGGGCGAGCCUGGUAUUCCAGGUGUACCUGGGCAAAAGGGUGACCUGGGUCCACAGGGCUUGUGCAACUGUCAUGAUGGGGCUCCAGGGACGCAGGGUCCUCAGGGGCAAAAGGGCGAAAAGGGAGACAUGGGUGUAACAGGGCCACAGGGUCCAGGGGGAGCCACGGGACCCAAAGGUUCUCAGGGCAAUAUAGGAUACACGGGUUUGCCCGGACCUUGUUCGCCCGCAGUGCAAUCUGCUUUCUCAGCCGCCCUAACCACCUCCUUUCCCCUACCCAAUCGUCCAGUACCAUUCAAACGUGUCAUCUACAACCUGCUUCAGAACUACAACCCUGAAAAUGGCGUCUAUACGGCCCCCAUUAAUGGAACCUAUGUGUUUAGUUACCACCUGCAAGUGUCCACACGUCCACUGAAAGUCGGACUCUUCGUCAACUUUGAGCCGGUGUUGAAGACGACUACACCAGUGGAACUGAACAUUGCCUCUCAGCAGGUGGUACUGAACCUGAGCCAGGGAGACUGGGUGUGGCUGCAGGUGCGAGACACCACCACUAAUGGUGCAUACACCAACACCGAGUCCAGCAGCACAUUCAGCGGGUAUCUGCUGCACCCAGACAGAUGUGAUGACCUGGCUCCAAGAGAUUUCAAUCUGUUUGAAAUUAGUGGAGAUUUCAGCUGGGGAGAGAUAGAGGAAACCACCACAACUGCACCCUAAACUUAAACUCUACAUUCUUAACCUGCACCCAAACUCUAAACCUACAUUCUAAAUAUUCACUCUAAACUCUGAACCUACACCCUACAUUCUAACUUGCACUCCAACCUCUAGCCUACACUUCUAAACUUAAACUCUAUAUGCUCUAUAUUCUAAACUUGUGUUAAAACUAGAGCUGUCAAUCGAUUAAACAUUUUAAUCAAAUUAAUUAUAUGCCGAUUAAUCGAAUUAAUCGCAAUUAAUUGCAAAUCAAUAUCUCCUGAGAAGUGCCCCCAAAUGAAGGUAAUUGAUAAAAUAAUUAUUAUAAUUCAGAUACAAAUUCAUUAUAUCACAUUGUGGCAACAGAUAAGUAAAACCUAACAGUGGCUUUAAGUGUCAAAAUAUUGUUUGUUUCCAUAUCCCUAUUUGCCUACUUCACUUUGCUCCAUUUUUAAUCGUUAGUCUAUGUACUCGUAUGUCCAACGGAUGCUUUUGGAGUGUCUCACUUUGGUUGUUACAUCUCACUAGUUUUCAGCGUCUCUAGUCAUGAGAGCUGUGUUUUGAGGACGCUGUGUCAAGUUAAACGUAGUUUGAAACUUUGAAAAACGCAUCUUGAGAUUCCAGAAUUCUGUUGUGCUUGGUCAAGCUGUGUUCGAGCACAAAAGCGUGUCUAUCUGUGGAAAGCUGUGCUGCCUGUUGCUCUCAUUGGUUUGACUAAGCGUGUUGCCUGUACAGCAGGAGCGCUGACUGCCCCCUACUGCAACAAGGUCCCAGCAAACGGGGGAUGUCCCCCAGAUGUUCGCCAAUGUCCGCUUAGGUCUGUAUGUGGUUAAUUUUGUAACGUUCAACACAGGACGUUCCCAGGCCAUUUUGGAUGUUCGCUACAGGUCCCAUUUUCGUCCGACCUUUUUAUGUUAGUUGGGGUGACUAACACUUAGCUUGAGCUGCUUUGAUGGUAGGAACAUUCCUCUUAAUGGAAUUUAUGUACAGGUUGGGGGGCAUGAUUAAUCGCAUUAAUUAACGUAUUAAUUUUCAUUAAUUAAUCGCACUAAAUGAACACGUUAAAACCGUCAGCCCUAGUUAAAAUACUCAAACUAUGCUCUGCAUUCUAAACUUUAUACUCUUAACCUACACUCUUAAAUCUACACCCUAUAGGCUACACUCUAGACCUACUCCCUAAGAAAUCAUAAUACUCCAAACCAUCUUUUUUUGUUCCUAACUUGUCCCUAACAUUUUCAACCUAAAACCCCAAACCUUUAACAAUGAACCCUAAGAGCCUAAGUGUUUUUUUAUAAUCUUCUGCAUUACAUGUAUCUUCAGUUGAAGACCUCUGUAUGUAUGUAGCUUGUGAACCUCAGCUGAAAGAAGAACUUUCUCAUGUUUUCAAUGCAUUAGUUCUCCAGGUGUAUGCGUGUGGUGCAUGUCUUGUAACUUGAUUAACCCCACUGUGUCUCUAUCAAUUGUGAGGUAGAUCAGGUGAGCUCCCUUGACAGACACAUUUUUGACGAACAAUUGUUAAGACCAUAAAUUGAGCAGCAAGGAUGAGUGUCUCAGGAUAGACGAGCGGACAGAAGAGGUACUUGAAAGAGAGAGAGGUGUUGUCUUACAAAAAUGAGAAGCUUUUAACACCCGUUUAAUAGAGAGAGAUUGAGAUAAAGAUUGAGAGAGCGAUAUUCUCUGUAUUUGGGGCUUAAAUCUUUGAUGUUUAAUGAUUAUUCCGACACACUUCACUGUCUCUCAGCAGUAACAAAGUGAUGAUGAUUAACAUGACAAAAUAAUUCUGCUCAUGUUCUGUGUAUUGACUGAUUUCCAAUAAAAUGUAAAUGAUUAAACUGACUCCUUGUUUCUCAUUCUCAGU